UACAUCCCCUGGAAAAGAUGGAAAAGACAUGACUGAAGGUAGUACAUCCCCUGGAAAAGAUGAAAAAGACAUGACUGAAAUGAAAGCCUUAGUACAGGCCAGCAUUAUAGGCCCUAUAUGCAGUAUAGGCAUAAUUACAGUCUUAGCUACUUUAUUUGCAGUUUGUUAUUGUAGGAAACAGUGCUGGAAAUAUCCAAUAUGCUUUUGCAAUCAGAAACAAGUAUGCCAACAUUCGGGGGAAAAAGAUGAGGGUGACGACAACAAUGAACAAAGUUUGAGACAUGAGGAUACUGAACCCACUACCACCCUCAAUGAUAGAAGGGGAGAAUCAGCUGACCCAGAAGAAAUGAACUAUGUGGAAAGGCAGGAAAAACGACAAGUUUUCAAAGUUAUAGACUUGCAUGAAGAAAGUGAAUACUUUAAACUAGAAGAUGAAAAUGACAAUGCAAACAACAACUGUGCUGUGACUAGUCGACCAAAUCUGAAUGAAACUACUACAGUCAACUCCAGAGAAGUUUAUGAUAUUUCAAUCAAUGUGUAAUAUUUUCUUUGAACAUUUUUUUUGCUGUUGCUGUUGGCUAUUUUUUAAUAUAGCCUAUAAUCUGACAGUUGAGCAUUCUUCAAUAGGCACUGUACAUCUAAAAUGUUAGUUGGCCAUGAACUUCGAACUAACACUGGGAUCUGAAUAUUUACUCACUGCCAGUUAAUUGUAUAAAGUUACUCCCUACAAUAACACACCAAUCUUACUGAGAGAAUAUUAUAUUUAUACCUUAUCUAUCCUGAACCUAAAGGAAGUAAAGUACUGUUUCCAGCCUGAUAAUCCAUGGGUCAGGUGAGGUAGAGUUCACCUGUUUCAACACUGCUUUACUUUCCCUAAUGUGAUUUAGGUACUCAUCCGAGCUAGGUGAACCUAAUCCUCUCUCAAUUAGUCAACUAUUAGAUGAAGGAGGAACAUAAGCUUUGGGCUAUCAACUCUAUCUUAUACAAAAAGCUUUGCUAUGGAAACUACAACAAGUAAAAACAAAAUUUCAAAUGGUGCUGGGGAGAUGAAGACUAGACAACUGGUCACAUGAUGAGCGGGGAUCAAAGUCAUAAUGACAUCGCUGUUCUGAUAUCUGAUCUCCUGGUGCCCAUUUAUAUAAUAGCAUUUUUAAUAUGGCAUCAUUCCAGACAGGAAAACUGCUAAAAAAAAACUGUUACAAUGGAAACAAAUACCUGAUAGUAAAAGCCAUAUUGAUUACAUAAUCAAAAUAGGCUAUAGAUUGGUAAAUGGAAAACAAGGCCUUCAAUGGACAUUGACAUUCAUCUGAGAGAACUUGAGCCAUGCUCUUUAUCUGAGUUUGCUAUUUAGAACCCACCAGGGUGUUCAACAGAAGGUAUUUAGCUAGGCAAAGUAUGGUGAAUUGAUUAACAUUUGAACAACUGAAGUCUUUGAAAAUUGAUGCCCAAGUCAAAGAACCACUCAGCUUAGAAAAAAAAAUGGAUGGAAAAAGUCGGGUAAUACAUCUAUUUGGGAAGAGGAGUAACAACAGAUGUUGGAAAUUGCUUAUAAAAGGAAGAACAAAAAUAUAAUUGGGAAAGUUGGCCAAUCCUUUGGUAUGGUGACAAAUAUAAGGAAAUCAUAAGCCUACAUAUUAUUUUAGAAUCCUCAAAAAUGGUUUUCAGAAGAAGUGCUUGCAACAAACAUUAGAAUCUAAUCUUCUGGCCAAGUACCAUUUCAAAUGAGGAGUUAAAAAGAACAUUCAAUCGAUCAAAAAAAAAUGAAGAGAUUAUCAAUGACAAGGAGAUGAAGAAAGGAGGCCUUACAUCCCAACAGGCAGAGGUUAUAGAGACAUGAUGAAAUGACAAUGACUUCUUCAUGCCAAUGGGCAUUGGGAGAUGAUCGUGAUGAUCCCUAAUACUUACAGGGUCAGUUGGUAAUUGUCUGGGGGCAGGGUGAUUUGAGCAGGGAGGAGAGUAAUUGACAGGGUUAAAAGUCCUCUUAACUUGCCCGUAAACCUUUGUACCCUAAAAGUAACAGAAAAAAAUUGUUUUUGGUGUGUUUUUGUAUCUUGUUAUUGUUAAGGUUUACAUUCCUAUUGAAUAUAUUAUUUAAUUUGAUACUGAAAUUGUCUGUGGUUACAGUAUAUUUUAUGUCCUGUUUAUUGAUUUGUUAAAUCAAGGUGUAGUCUUUACACACCAUCUAAGGAAAAAAUGUUUAUUUUUCUGUUUUUGUUUUUCAAGUUAAAAGGUAAAUUGCUUUUUAAUUUUCACAUUGAUAAUUGGUUGCCUUGAGUCGAUUAAUUUGGUCUUGUGUAGUAUACCAUGAGAUGUGUAUUACAUUUCUUCAGUAAAUAAUUCUCUGGCUCCUUAACUGUGGACCAUUUGGCCUAGUAAAAAGUUUACACUUAAUGUUGUCAAUCAUGUGCCUUAUUUAUAUGUAGAAUUACUUUCAAUCAAUAUAUAGCUUUGAAAGUCACUCAGCUCCCUUGAUAUAAAUGAUAUUACUUUGUUUACCAUGAUGUCGGAUCAGUGGUUUAAUUAACCUGGCUUGUCAUUGGAGUAGUGACCUUCUACCAUGAUGUCACUAACUUUGUUAAGAUAGGCUGAAUGUAAUCAAUCCAAUACAUUAGCUUAUUUAAUGUUUUUUAUUUAGCAUUAUGAGAUUCACAAUUAUGCAUCAUUUUUUAUGCAUAAACAAAGUGUA